AUCAUACAGAGAGAAAACAGGAUGAAGGAGACUACUUGCAUUGGGUGCCUUUUAAACAACGACGCGAAUUUGUGUCAGGGACAGGCUGUAUUGCAAUUUAUUAAUAGUGUUUGAACAGUGUUAGUAUUUCUUAAAGGGUACGCAUUACACAUUUUGUAAUUCAUUUUCGUAAAUAAAGUGUUUAACGGUGUCCUGCAGGGUUUAGCUCAACACACCUGCGAGGAAGCUAGCAAGACCUUGAUUAGCUGCUUCGAGUGUGUUUAAUUAGGGUCGGAGCUAAUCUCUGCGUCACGUACAUUGACUUUUUUUAUUCGCCCUUCACCUUUUUACCUUAGCAACCGCGCAGCAACACCCUGGCAACCACCGCUUUUCCCUCAGAAAAUCUAUUAUGCGUAUUUUAUUUUACUUCAUUCAUUUACUUCCUACACAUGUUGUGCAACGUGCGCGUGAAGAGGAAUGCGAAAGCGGGCCUGAUUUUCUCCCCAAACCUGCUCAGGUAGAGUCUCACCCUCAUCCAGUCAGACCGGAGAACACACACACACACACACACACACACUCACAGCUGGGGCAUUUACACACACUCGGUCUCAGGUACGCGCGGGGUCGCCUACAUUAGACUUAACUUUACUUUUUGUAACUUCAUAUUGAAUAUACACACUCGGAAUGAGUGCUCGACUGUGGACGGAGGAGCAGUUCAACUGCCCCGUGUGUCUGGAUCUGCCCUCUGACCCCGUGACCAUCCCGUGCGGUCACAGUUACUGCAUGGCCUGCAUCGCGGAUUACUGGGACAACGAAGGGAAGAAAAACGGCACCCACAGCUGCCCGGAGUGCCGGCAGACCUUCAACCCUCGCCCCACUCUCUGCAGGAACACCAUGCUGGCCGAGGCCGUGGAGCAGCUCCGCCGGGGGGCCCUCAGCUCCGCGGGGCGCGAGUCCAUCAAGAGCGCGCGGAGCGCGGCGUCCUCCGCGUCGGAGCGCGCGCGCGCUCGCAGCAAAGGGGCGUCGAAAAAGCUGCCAGGCUCGGCGGUGCCCUGCGACCGCUGCCCGCAGCCCAGAGCCGCCGUGAAGACGUGCUUGGUGUGCAUGGCAUCGUUCUGCGAGACUCACCUGAAGCCUCAUAACACGCAGGAGAAGCUGAAGAACCACGAGCUGAUCGCGCCCACCGGUGACCUGAGCCAGAAGAUCUGCCCCGAGCACAAAUACCUGCAGGAGUUCUUCUGCCGCUCCUGUCAGAUGUACGUGUGCUGGCUGUGCACCAGUAACCAGCACAAAGGUCACGAGAGCGUCUCCACGCAAGCUGAGAGAAACGAGAAGCAGAAAGAGCUGGGCGCAGUUCUGUCUGAGAACCAUCAGCGACUCCAAGACAGAGAGAGAGAACUGAAAGACAUGAAGAGAGUCUUAGACACACUCACGAGGUCCUCGGAUACGGUGCGGGACGAAGCGGACGUGGUCCUGUUGGAGCUCCAGGAGUCAGUGCAGCGGAUGCUGGAGCUGCUUCAGGACGUGAUGGUCUCCACCGCGCAGGAGAAACUCAACGAGGCCCAGGAAGUGGUGACCAAACUGGAGUCAGAGGUCAAACAGCUGAAGAAAAAAGACGGAGAACUGAAAGAGAUCAUCAGCUGCCAGGACAAUAUCCACUUCUUGAAGACGUAUCGUUCUCUGUGCUGCCCGCUGGACGGAGGAGAUCUGGGAGCUGUAACCGUGAACCCUGAAGCCACGUUUGAUCCCGUCAGGAGCGUCGUCAUCCAGCUGAGGGAGAAAGUGGAGGAGAUGUGUGACCAGGAGCUGGACAAGAUCAACAAGACGGUGUACAACACCACAGCGUUCACCGUAGCAGACCGCAGCGGACAGAAAGCAGGAGGAAUAAUGAAACUGUUCUCUGGAAAAGGAGCCAGAGCCACUCGUGCACAAGGACCCCCACCUCUGCCUUCAGUAAGCUCACGAGGAACAGUGAACACGCGUACACAAGCUGUCAGGAACAAUGAUCCAAGAGUUAACAGAGGUGUUCCAAACUCCCCAAGAUCAUCCAGAUCCCCGAGAGAGGAGAGAGAUGACCCUGACAAAAACCGCAGUUCGUUGAGACCAAGAGAAACACAAAGAAGAGAGGAAAGAGAAAACAAUAACGCAGAUACCUGGAGUUUAAGUUCAGUGAGAUCAAGAGGGAGACCGAGUGGAGAAGACCGAGAUCAGGAAAGAGAAAAUCAGGCCUCUCAAAGACGUCAAAGCACACAGAGCAGAAACACACGUGAUGAAGAACAAGCAGACCGCUGGAGUUUGAGUUCAAUCAGACCGAGACUGAAGAGAGAGGACAGAGAACAAGUCAACGGAGAAGCUCAGAGUCCCUCACAGCAGAGAUCAAACGCUGUGGACCGACAGCAGCCGGCCAGACAAUCGGACAGAUGGAGUCUGAGCUCUCUCUUACCCAGAAACAGGAGGAAGAGACAAGACACAGUGAAAGAGGCCACGCCCACUAUCCAAGAGGGGUCAGUGAGACCUCGCAGCCUGUCCCGUGCCAGUGCCUGGGGAGAGCCUACAGAAGUGAAUCCUGGGCUGUUCCUGGACUCACCUACUGACAGUCCAGUCGUCAAUCCUGCUUUUCCCACAUUGAGAGAAAUUAACAUUGACAGUAUUCAGGCCCCAGAGCCCAGAACCAGAGACGAGUUCCUGCAGUAUGCUUGUGAUUUGACCCUGGAUCCGAACACGGCCCAUCGGCGUCUGGUCUUGUCUGACGAAGACACGGCGGCCACCCUUCAGCAGACCUCUCAGCCGUACCCAGACGUCCCUCAGCGCCUCGACGGCUGGACGCAGGUGCUCUGUCUGCAGCCCCUCUCCUCCGACCGCUGCUACUGGGAGGUGGAGUGGAGGGGGCGUGGUUCCUCUCUGGGUGUAGUCAGCGGGUCCAUGUCCCGCAAAGGGGCGGAUUCGGGGGCGGGGCUCGGGUAUAACGGCCAAUCGUGGAGCUUGGAGCUGUCAGACAUGUGCUGCGCAGCCAUGCACGCCAAUCAGAAGGUGGAGAUCCCUGUGACCUACAGCCCUCGAGUCGGGGUGUUUCUGGACAGGACCGCAGGGACUCUGACUUUCUAUAGCGUGGAUGAUGAGUUGGUUCCUCUCCACACUUUUCAAGGGCUGUUCCCUCCAUCGCUGUACGCCGCAUUCGGGGUGGGCUGUGGGGUCGGCGUGGGGCUGGAUUUUGCCAUGGGACAGUUCAGCUCCGCGUCAGACAGCAUUAAAAUCUGUCCUUUGUGAUCUCACAAAAAACAUGCAGGUCAUAUUUCAUUCCGAAAUCAAAAUGAAAAGAAUCAAGGCUAUUGGAAAGAUCAAAAUUAUCUUUCAUAAAGAUUCAGUACUUCUCCCCUCCAAAUUUAUAUUACUUUAACACCUCUAGUAACUUGUACAAUUGUCUUUUUUUCAUUUCUGCAAUACAACCAUGGUAAUCAUUUUGUCUAGACCUUUUUUUUUUAAUCUGCCAAAAAAAUGAUUAUAUUAUAAAAAAUAAAUGUACCUAAAAAUAUGAAAUUACACCGUAGAUAAAAAAUAUUCUUGUGCCAAAAUUUAGCAUUUUACUUUCAUGGCUUAUAGCUCACUUAAAUAUUUCAUAGUAAUAACAAUGAUAUUCAUACUUGACAUGUUAAAACUUGUUGCUUUAAUUCUAAAGAUGUUUUGAUUUUUAUUGCAAAAUGUAAUUUAUUUUUCUCUUCUAGACUCUUCACAUGAAAUAAUUAUUCAUGUUAAGCAAAAUAACUUGUGCAUGAAGGGAAAUUAUUACUUUGUCAUUAUACUAUAAAAAUUUUGCAAACUUAUGGAAAAAUGAAAUGACAAGAACAUUGAAUUUGAUGGUUUUAUUAUAAAAAAACAAGAUAAUCAUACUAAUACAUGGUUCUGACAGCUAAGCACAGGAAAACACACUAAGGCCGUGGUUACUAUGUCAACAGCACAAAAGAAAUCACCUGGUGCUUGAUGUCACAACUUGUGGCAUCGUCUUCAAGCAUUGACCUUUGACCUCAAUGGCAGCAGAGGGCCUGAUGACAUCAACAGCAGGAUGUAAAUAAGGACACUUUGAUGCAGAAAUCAAAUCAUGCGUUUAAUACCACACACUUCAGCUGGGAUUAGAGAUAAAGCUAGUGAUGUACAGAAGCAGCAAGCAUGCUGGUAUUAUUCUGAAGGAGGUGGUAAUGCGAUUCACUUUACCAAGUUUCGAUUGUAUUCUUGGCAUAGCUGACAAAAGCUUAUUAAAAUGGCAUUCCUGUAACAGUUUCUGGACCAAACUCAUGGUUUUCCCUGUGCUGUCAUCAUGUCAUUUACUAGAAAGCACAAAAGGUCAGUUUACCACAAAAACGAACACGUUUACGUACGGUUUAGCUUAUAAAACGACAAUUCAGGCAAGAAAGACAAAUAAUUUUGGUUUAAACCCAAAAAGGUCUUUGAAACUUGAGUCCCUUCUCAAACUCGACAAAAAAAAAAAAACAUGAAAUAUAUUAAAA